AUGGAAACUGCUCGAGGGGGGCAUUCUCCCCCGACUUUCCAAAGCGCAGGCAACGGCAUCGCGGCGGAGGUCCUUUCCCGGGGCGUUUUGGAUCCCAUCAACGACGCCCAGGCGACCUCCGACGGACUCGUCUACGCAUCGGCCAACAAAACGGCGACACGUCGCAGGGAGGCCGCAGGCAGCACGAGCCCGUUCAAUUCUUCAGCCUCGGCCAUGGCACCACUUCCGGCCCUUUUAGUCAGGAAGGAAGCUCUAGAACAGCAAAACGGAACGACAGUUUUGCCGGGAAUGUCGCAUAAAGGGCGGCGGCUCACUCCGGUGGUGGAGGCCCUGUUUCAAAACAGGUCGGCGACUGACAGUUGGGUGCACGCCUUGCGUCCCCCUCGCGCGCCGCUCUUUUGGUGGAACACAAGUUGCAUGACUAGUGUUAUUGCAUAG